AUCCGUUUGAAAACUGUUUGUAAAAAUUGACAGAGUCCAAUGCGAAUUGUUAUCUAAAAUGCAAUUGAAUAAUUAGAAGCUGUUUAAAACUGCAACAGGCAAUCGGCUUGGGAACAUAACAUACGGAACCCAGUGGGAAGCGGCGCUCAAAAUGUCAGGGAAAUCUUAUUCCUUGCGUGAAAUGAAAUCAAUAGUGGAUUACCUAACAGUAAACCGCUUGUACGGUGAAACAAAGGGCCGAAAGAUGUGGAUGGAGUUUGCCAAUUCUAAUUUAACACAAAGAACCUGGCAGAGCCUCAAGGAGACAUUCUUAAAAAGAAUCCUACCGGACAUUACUAAUCCAUAUUACAGGCUAGACCCUGAACAGAUACUAAGCUUCAAGCGAGGGAUGAAUCUUACACAAAAAGAUAGAAGACUGGAACUGCGACCUGUGAACACUUCUAAAAACAAUGGUGCAAAUGAUGAAAAUGACCAGCCAAGUACUAGCAAAAAAAAUACAGAAGAAUAUGCUACAGGUGAGGAUAUCCAAUGUUCAAAAAUAGUACACAACAGAGCAUCCACUGAGACCCUUAUACUUGAUACAUGUUACCAAACUGCUGAGGACAUGCAAAGUGAUCUCGAAAGUGCCAACGAAGAUCAAAAUGAAGAUAAGACAAAGAAACCAGCAUUGAAGUCUGUCCGGGAUUUCAUAGAAUAUACAGAACCUUUGACACCUAUGCUGCAAGAGGUUUUGGAUGAUUUUGAUGAAGAUUGUUCUGAUGCUGAACCACCCAUGCAAAUAGAUGAAAAUUAUGUAGCUCAAGAUGAAACAUCAGAUACCCCAGAAAAUCCUACUUCAUCCCAGAGCAUUCUGAAACCAAAUAAAACACAAAACACAGCCAAAAUCACAACAGCUGGAGAAAAGGUUAAUGAAAAACAAGCAGGAAAUAUAAAUCAUACUAAAAAUAAUACCGAAGAACCAGUAGUUGUUCCUGAUGACACAGCAUUUUCUCAAUUGGAGGAUGUCAUGGUGUUAGUUGAUGAAGCUCUUGCACAAGACAUAGAUAAGGAGCUUAGCAGAAAUAUCGAAAGCCAAAAUAAGGAAGCCAGUUCUAAUCAGUCCAUUCCCAUGACUGACAGUUUACUUCCUAAUAAUCAAGAAGCUAUUAAAAAUACUACACUUGAAGUUCCGUCGCCUACAUCAUCAACACAUGACAAAGGUGAAGAAGGAAAUAGGAAAAAGGAAAGUGAAAUUGAUGAUAAAAAAUCAAAUUCACAAUCCAAUUUGUUGUCAGAUCAGGAGCCAGAACAGAAAGGUUCUGAUGGACUAAUCACUAUCGACUCUAAUGAAGAAAAGGCGAAUAACAAAGAUACUGCAAAAGAAAAUCAUACAGCUAUAAGUCCAAAAUCACCUGAAAAGCCUGCUCUAAAAGAUGACAAAGUUCAUGAAAUACAUUCAGAUAGUAGCACAGGGCAUAAAGAUGUAGAUCCACAGGUUGAUAACCCAUGCCUGAAAAGUGUCAGUUUAUUUGAACAAUUGUCUACACCAAAAUAUAGUGAUUCAGAUUCAAAUAAUAAAGAAAACGCCAAAGAACAGCGAAAAACGCAAGCUCAAAUCGCUGCAGAAACAAAAAAGAAUAAAGAUCCAAUGAGUGAUGGAACUAAAGUAAAUGAAGAUCAAAACAAUGAAAAAGCAAACUCCAAAAAACAAACUCAGGAUGGUGUUAUUCUUCUAAACUCUCGCACCACCUCUGAAAGUGUUGACGACUCUGAUAUCCACCAUAGACCUCUUGCCCGUUCAUCUCUCAAAAUUCAAAAGGAUAAAAAGUUAGCUAGCGUUUUCGGAUUUUCUAAUGGUGGUGCUCCCAAAAACAGAAGAUUGAAUGGUCGCAAGAGAACUACAUCUCACCGUAAAGUGCAAUCUGACUCCAGCGACUGGACUUCAACUAGCGACAGCGAGUACGUGUCGCCUCCGCACGGCAGGAGAAACAGAUACGCUAGGAAAUAUCUGAAACCGCGUGCAGCCCGAAUAAUGUCGCUCGAGGAAGAAGGGGGCUUGUUCGUCAUGCUGGGAAAGAAGGUUUAUCCGUUGGUAAAAGAUGGAAAACUUGUCAAGAACUAUGUCACGUUCCUGCCAGAGAGUGAUCCCGAAGAAGAUGACUCCUAUUGGAAAUCCAAAUAUAUUGAAGAAAGAAAACGAACAGACGUAUUAAAAAAAAAACUGGGACAUUCUAAAUCUAAUGGCGUGUUAGAAAAAGAAGAAAAGGAUAGUUCUAUUUCGAUAUCUUCUGUCACUUCACCGCUAACCGAAAAUCGUACAAGAUUACCGCCAAGCCGACGAGAAAGUGUUCAAGGAAACGAAUUAAUGCGACGAUAUAGCGGGGUUAUGGAAAAACCAGCCAACAAAGAAACAUUAAAAAUAAAAUUCACUAAAAAUGAUCAAGAAGUACAGCUAGAGGGUCACUGGCAACACAUAAACCCCGUUCUGGCGCAAGUGGUGUCCAUCUUACACAAGGAUGCGGAGAAGAAAGCGGACACGGUCACUUGUGUGGAGCUGUCGAGCGGGAACACCACACCCAUCACCCCUACGGUUGUACCUGCUGAGGCGCCCAUGGAUACAGGUAAAUAUUUCAAGGAAGUACAGCUAGAGGGUCACUGGCAGCACAUAAACCCCGUUCUGGCGCAAGUGGUGUCCAUCUUACACAAGGAUGCGGAGAAGAAAGCGGACACGGUCACUUGUGUGGAGCUGUCGAGCGGGAACACCACACCCAUCACCCCUACGGUUGUACCUGCUGAGGUGCCCAUGGAUACAGUGGUGUCCAUCUUACACAAGGAUGCGGAGAAGAAAGCGGACACGGUCACUUGUGUGGAGCUGUCGAGCGGGAACACCACACCCAUCACCCCUACGGUUGUACCUGCUGAGGUGCCCAUGGAUACAGUGGUGUCCAUCUUACACAAGGAUGCGGAGAAGAAAGCGGACACGGUCACUUGUGUGGAGCUGUCGAGCGGGAACACCACACCCAUCACCCCUACGGUUGUACCUGCUGAGGUGCCCAUGGAUACAGUGGUGUCCAUCUUACACAAGGAUGCGGAGAAGAAAGCCGACACGGUCACUUGUGUGGAGCUGUCGAGCGGGAACACCACACCCAUCACCCCUACGGUUGUACCUGCUGAGGCGCCCAUGGAUACAGUUAAGGCAGUACAGCUAAAGGGUCACUGGCAACACAUAAACCCCGUUCUGGCGCAAGUGGUGUCCAUCUUACACAAGGAUGCGGAGAAGAAAGCGGACACGGUCACUUGUGUGGAGCUGUCGAGCGGGAACACCACACCCAUCACCCCUACGGUUUUACCUGCUGAGGCGCCCAUGGAUACUGGAGUACGCGAUAAAGUAGACGAGUUGGAAUCAGCAAUAUUUAAAGAGAUAGAAGAGAAAGAUCAGAAAGAUGACGAAAUACACGAAGUUGUGGAGCAAAAGGCAGAUAAAGAAAAAAGUGUGCCUGCUGAUAAUACAGAAGUUAAGGAUACCGUUCCAGAAAAUGUCGAAGGACAAGCAAAUAUUACACAAAGGAGAAAACGAGGCAGACCUAAAAGACAGGCUUCACCAGCAAUUGUAGUCGCACAGAGCCCGGCUAAAAAACCAAAAAAAUCUCUAGAGCUAAGGAAAGUCGUAGAGGAAGUAGCUCAGGAUGUUAGCAACACCACAAAGAAUUCCGGGAGGCAGACCAGGUCCCCUAGGAAACUCUUAAAUGGCGUGGCUCCAAAAGCCAAAGCAAGUAGGAAAACAUUAGCAAAGGCACAGCCCGAGGCGCCUGUGGAAAGUGCCCCAAAUCCAGUAAUCGAUGAAAAUGAGGAUGAGGUGCGCUACAAGUUCCCGUCACCAGAACCUGAACAACAUACCACCAAGGCGACUAAUACAAACAAAAACAGUCCCAAGAAGCACUUACCUAACACCGCAUCACCCGAAAGCUUAUCCCACCACUCAGCAAAUAGCAGUCAAGGCUACCAAGACUCUGACACUAGCCCAUUUAACAUGAACUUCAGAAGAAAGAGACGCCUAAGCAUCUCCACCCUGUCUAUAAAAGGCAGGAAAUUGAAACGCAAACAAAGAAGCAGAUCAUAUCCCCUGAUAAAACAUGCCUUUAGUGAUAGCGAUUCAUCCUAUAGUAUCGCUUUCAAAACUGCAAGAAAAGAACAGUCUACCAUCAACUCUGAGGUGUAUAAAUCGGAUUCGUACCAAUUGCUCUUGCCUCGGUCUCGGACUAUAGAGAUACUGGAUAAGAUUGAAGAGGUCAAUGAUCACGAGACUGACUCGCUAGCGAAUGAAAUUCGUAAACUUCGUGACGAGAUUUUGAAAGCUAAUGACUCGGUAAUUAAAACUGAUCCAGCCAGUUCCAGUACACUGUCCCUACCACUGUCCCCAGAACUAUCAUUUGUUGAGAAUUUAUUAGUAAGCAGAAGUGCUAUUGCGGAAAUAAAUGAUCACCCGACAAUCAAUGAAACGGAGAGCAAUACUGCGCAAAAUACCUGUAAUAAUAAAUAUAUCAUGUCUGAGGUGGAUGUGUCCAUGCCUCUCAUGAACCAGGAUUGCGAACUCCAAGAAAACUACAGAAAGCAUCUAAUGACCGCGAUGAGUAAUUUAUCUGAUGGGCCAAAUUCUGCUGGACGGAAUUUGUCAAAGGAUUCAAGCUCGAGAAUGUCGAUUACGUCCGAAUCUAUCUUGAAAACUUAUUCUGGUGUCAACGUGGAGUCGUCAGACUCUCUAGACAGAAGACUGGAGCAACUGCUUUUGGAGAGCGCCCAAAAACCCGCGAAUAAGGAAGAAAAGAUGGAAGUGGAUACACAAGUAAAGAAAAAGGGGUCUAGAAAACGAUGUUCAACACCUCAUAAGAAAAACACUGUACAAAAUAAAAAGAAAAUAAAUCUAGAACCUGUUAUUGUUGAAGAAUCAAAAGCUAACUGUUCACGCGGUGGCAGGAGAUCAUGCCCGCCAUCUGUCAAUCUUGUUUACUGUGAAAAUAAUGUACCAGACAAUCUUGAAAUCAAUAUACACGAUCAAAGGAUUGACGUCACUGCGGUUACCAAAAAGCAACGGAUUAAAAAAGAUAUCAUCAAAGUCAAAAUAACAAAACCGAAGGCCAAGUCGCAAAAAAAGAAAAAAUCUCCUCAAAAGAAGCAGAAUAGCCGCAGUUCAAAUACUGAAGGAGAGAACGAGUCUGGUGUGUUUUUGCACGGAUUUGAAGACAGUAGCGAACUCAUACACAACCAUUCAGAGACAUGCCUUCACAUCGCAGACUGUAUGGACCCAGACGGUUCCAACAGUGUAGAGUUCAUAGACACUACAUCCAAAUCUAUAAUUUCUUUGACUUCGGGCUCUUUCGCUUCCGAGGAUAAAGAGAAUUUGGGUGGAAACUCAAUGGAAAGUGGGAACACAACACCUGAGCUGUAUUGUGACAAUGCUCAGUGUGCUACGAAUCUGCGUGAUGCUAGAGCAACAGAGGUGCAAAGCGCAGACAGCGGCAACACGAUGUAUUUCACCCCGUUCGCGAGCCGAUGCAACAGCGCUCUCACCGAAGACCUAUCACACCCGCCCGUACCAAAACCUCGCACGUCCAAAUGGUAUCUCCUCAGCGAGGACGAAAGUAACACCAAUUAUUUUGACGUGCAGGAUGACAGGCCAGUCUAUGGCGCUAAUUUGCAACAGAUAUUCCCUAUUACCUGUGCCAUACCUGACCUAUCGACCAUUACGGAGAUGUCAGAGAAAAGCCAAAAAGCUAGUUUGGACGCUACAGAAUUUAGAAGGGAGACAAAGUGAUAUAAGUAUUAUUUUUGUUUAAUUUUUAUUAUUGAUGAUUGUAGGGAGUUAAGGAUAUUAUGUUUAUUUAAUUUCUGAUAUAAGUUCGAUUUGUAAUUGAUGUUGAUUUAAUAUAUUGAUGAAGAAUUUAA